AUGGCCGGGCCGACACAAAUCGCGUUUGGGGAUGGAAAUCGUGGGUUCCAAGUGGGGUUAAACACCGGAUCAAUCACUACCGCGUUCCACUUACCACCUGAACAGCCAGAAACACCUCCGAAACCGUGCCUCACCAUCCCCUUCCGCCGCGACGCCAACUUUGUUCCUCGCAAGUCCCUCCUCGAUCGAAUAUACCACGCUUGCUCGAGGCCAGCCUCCCGCAUUGCACUUGUAGGGUUGGGUGGGAUAGGCAAGUCCCAGCUCGCUAUCGAGUAUGCCUAUCGAACCAGCGACGAAGCGGCAAAGACAAACCAUCCUACAUGGGUGUUCUGGAUCCAUGCCGAGACGCGAGCGCGUGUCGAAGAAGGAUUCCGUUAUAUUGCCGACACCGUCAAGAUCCCAGGGCGGAAGCAAACAGACGCAAACGUUCUCCAGCUGGUUGAGCAAUGGCUUCGCAGUAUCGAGAACGGGCCGUGGCUCUUGAUCCUGGACAACGCAGACAAUGGCAGCGUGCUCUUCGAUGCCGAUCCUGAGUUACCUGAUAAGGCCAACGCGACGACGUCGAACGAUGCCAGCCGACGAGCUUUGUGGUCAUAUCUGCCACAAAGCGCUCACGGGUCGACCAUAGUAACGACGAGAAACAAGGGUGUCGCUCAGAAGCUGGUAGAUGACUACAAGAGCAUAAUUGAGGUCCACCCCAUGGAUGAAGACCAUGCUCUCGCGUUACUUGAGAGGAAGGCUGGUAGCCAACCAAAUAUGGAGAAUGGUACAGCGAGUGAGCGACACAAGCUCAGUCUCCUGAAUCGCGAUGAGGGCGACCUUCGAAGAGACCGUGAGGCAUCGAACUCAAUCAUUGUGACUUGGCAGAUCUCAUUCGAGUCUAUUCGAUCAGAACGUCCUUCAGCGGCCGAUCUGCUAGCUCUCAUGAGCUUUUUCGACCACCAGGCAAUUCCGCAAUCAUUGAUACAGCCAUGCGAUCGCCCCUUGAGUCGAAAUGGUAACAUGAGUGAAGGGGACGACGAUAGGACCGACGAGGAGAGCGACACCGACAGUGGGAGCUGGCAUGAUCAUGACAGUGACGAUUCUCGUGCCAGCAACACUUCCGAAGACUCCACAGGGCAGGCUUUCGAGGACGACCUCCUCUUGCUUCGAAACUACAGCCUGAUCUCUAUAGAUGAGACAGGGGCGAUCUUUGGGAUGCACAGUCUUGUGCAGCUGGCGACGUCAAGAUGGCUGAGUGCUGAGAAGAGGACCGCACCAUUGAUAGAGGAGUUUGUGCAUCGGAUGGCGCGCGGGUUUCCCUCUGGGGAGUAUACACUGUUUGCUCAUGUCGAAAGCGCGAUCAAACACCGACCUGAAAGUGGAAAACCGCUCGAGGAGUGGGCACAAAUUCUUUUCAAUGGCAGUUGCCAAGGCAGAUACGGAUUGGCAGAGACGAUGGCGAAACGGUCGAGGGAUGCUCGGAUAGAAGCGCUCGGAAAGGAUCACGAGCUGACAUGGAAAAGCGUCUCCGUUAUUGGUGAAAUCUUCCACGAUCAAGGGAAGUAUAGAAAGGCGGAGGAGCUGUUUAUGGAAGUGAUAGAAACAAGCAAGCAGAAACUCGGACUGGAUCAUCCCGACACGCUAGCCAGCAUACAUAACCUGGCGUCGACAUAUUGUAAUCAGGGACGAUGGGAUCAAGCCGAGGAACUGGAGGUGGAAGUGAUGGAGACUCGCAAGCAGAAACUCGGACUCGAUCAUCCCGAUACACUGGCCAGCAUGGCCAAUCUGGCAGCGACAUAUUGGAAUCAAGGACGAUGGGAUCAAGCCGAGAAGCUAGAGCUGGAAGUGAUGGAAACAAGCAAGCAGAGACUGGGCCUGAAUCAUCCCGACACGCUUACCAGCAUGGCUGAUCUGGCUCGUACCUUGUACGCACAAAAACGCGCAAUCGAGGCUAUUGACUUGAUGGAUUCCUGCCACGAACGACGAGGCCAUCCGCAUACAUCCUCAUCCCUAAAGUAUUUGAAAACCUGGCGUACCGAGCAAAUGAUAUUGCCUCUUUCGGCUUUGAAUUUAUCCGAAAAAUAG